AUGAACCCGACGCCCCUGCCGGAGGGCUAUGUGCGAAUGGGUUCCCGCGAACUCAUCCAAAAAAUGAUUGAGGUUGCCCAGUGUCGUAAAUUGAUUCAAGUUGGGAAGAUCAUGUUCAAUUUCAUCAAACAGGUAUUCCUCAUAUCACUCGUGAUCGACCAGGCUCGAUUAACUCUUCUAACUUUGCCUCAAACUGGCGAAGAAUCUGUUUUUGAACUGCCCGAUUUGAACUUGCCCUACUCAGAUGAAAGCCCUCUCCAGUCGUUGUAUUCGAGCGAAAAUUCGCAUGUCGAUGGUUCAGAUCCCGUCUUGAAACAAGCAAUGCUGCAUUGCGACGAGAUCCCGCACUCUUCGCCCUCAACCACUCAUGAUUACUCAGUCAGUUCCCUCAAGCGCAAAACCAACAAUCUAGAUACCAACCUUGCGGCCAAGAAAGCGCGAAUAGUACCGGAGAAGAGAUCGAAGGCUGUUUCACAUGACCAAAAAGAAGACAAGCCUCGCGAUAAUGGGGAAAUCGUGGACCAAGGUCCCAAUUCAAAUUACUCCGGAGCUCUCAGCAUACAUCAUACACCAAUUGAAAACUUGAAAGAUGCACGCAGUCCUCAAAGUAGGCAGAAAUUUCCACUAGAACCAAGCCGAGAUGUAUGCACAAUUUCAAAUGUCAAUGACUGGAAUUUCCUCAAAAAAGCCGGAUACAAGAGCAGAAACGAUGAUCCAGGGGACUACGAAAAAACUAAAACUGAUUGGAUGUUUGACUUUGUCGAAAGAUUGAAUAGCAAGGAAGGUUAUAGUCCAAAGGAGAAAGAACUUAGUAAUAUUGCCGGGAAGAAAGCAGCUUUGAUUUUGAAGAUGUUUGACAGAUGCAAGAAAAAUUUUACCUACCCAUCCGAAAUGCAAAGAAAUGGUCGUCAAGUAAUAAUCUUGAAGAACAUACUUUGGAUCUCAAGGGAAAAACUUCAUCUUGGAAGAUUCAGAAACACCAUUGAAAAAAUUUCAACAGAAGUGGGAAACAGUCUGAAAUCUAGAGUGCAAAAUUCCUCAAAAAAAAUCCUAAAACUUGAUAAAAAAACCUCGCGGAUCAUGGAAUACGUAGCAAAGAUAAACAUAAUUACAACAAGCCUGGCUAUACUCUAUCUUGCAUUAUUUCAGGAACAUGCCGAAGGCGAAUUGUCAAAGGAAUUCAUUCAAGGUGUAUUAGAUUUUCUCAAGGAUUUCUGGAUGGAUAUUGUUAAAGGCAACCACAGAGAUCUCAAAGUAAGAACUUUUGCUCAGAAUUUGCAUGAUCUGUUGAGUUUGGAGGAUGAAGACCUCGCCAUGGGUGCUAGGAACAUGCCGCAAUGUAUCAUGACAGUUUGUUGGAAUAUUAUUGGGUAUUGGUCAGAAAAAAAGUAUCCCAAGUUGAAAGUUUCAGGGAGCAAAGACUAUGGGCAAUCAAUGACUGAGAUAAUCAACAAGAUAAUUUUUUUCUCUGAUUAUCCGUAA